AUUUGUAUCCACAGCUGACCUAAGUUUAAGCUACUGUUGGCCGGGCUAAUGUUAGCUAACUCCCCGGAUUUCAACAGCGGAAUGAAUGUAAAACCAGUUUCUCCAGUUAUUCUCCAGAAGCAUUUCCGUAAACACUUCACGUGAAGCUAGGUGAUACAUUUGCUAUACGUGUGAUGUGAAACUUAGGAACAGUACCGCCGGGUAACAUCGCAUGUUGGAGUGUUGGGAUGUUUCUGGCAAUAAUAAAGAGCCAUCACCAUUUACACUGAGACACACACAUGCGCGAGCGGUGUGUUGAGACGCAUCCAGCUCAGGAUACAGUGUGUUGAUCUGCAGCUAUUAGCCAGAGCCUGCGUGAAAUGCGACUAGCUCCUCAGUUGUGACUAGUUAGCAUGUUGUGACUAAACAAUGCAACACUGGGCUUGAGUUGUGUCGCUUCCGAGGGAUUCUGUUUAAUAAUAGUAAGCCCUGAAUAUCUGUAAUGUAGUGUAAGAUGAUUAGCACAACAGCCAAAGCUAUCUGUUGAUGUUGACAUGAAUAAUGUAUCUUUUAUGAACCGAUGCCCUGAACUAAAUGUGACAUCUUUGAACGCCACCACUGUGUUUUGACUGCAGCGAUCUAUGAGAGGCUCAGUGUGAUGCUUUAAUUUCUAAUGCGUGUUUCUCAGUGUUAAAGCGUUGGAUAAGUUAUACCCUUGAUCACAAGCCUGUCUUGUUUAUCCCACUUGUGAAUACUGUUAAUAAUUGAACCGUUUGUAUAGGAAGAAGUUGUUUACUAAAGGUAUUUAUUUUUAUUAUAUGAAUGGGAGACAUGCAGGUAAUCUGCUGUGUAACGUUAAUGGUAAUAAUACAUGAUGUGACAUUAUUAGACAUGCAUCCUGUAACUAUGUCAAACACUUCCUCUUAUCAUUUAUAUAAGGGUGUUUUGAACAGGCCUGCUAUUCUUGUAGCAUAUGUAGUGUGUGUGUGUGUGUGUGUGUGUGUGUGUGUGUGUGUGUAUACCUGGCCUCAUGUGAGCUGGUGGAGUUGCCAAAGAGCUGUCUCCAUGGUGAUGGUAUUAACUAGGCUGGCUUGUGUGAGGAAAGGAGGUGUGCACAGUCAUGUAGUCGGAGAAGCAGAGAAAAUCUCCUACACCGGUCGUGCAGGACUGGAGAACUGAAAAACAACAAAAACGCAGAUUUGUCUUUCCUUCUCUGUGGGGGGGAUGUACAGAGAUCAUCAAAAUGAAAUCAAGUCCCCAUUUGUUACCCUGACUUUAUCCCUAGUAACUCUGAGCACUAUUGCACCCUGGAGAUAGUCAUGGGCGUGAUAAUGAUGAAUGAGAGGAUUGUCUUCUGUUUUUUUCAAACCGGCUUUAAGCUACUUGAUGGUAAUGGUAAUCUUUAUCUUGCUUAUUCUGAAUGCUUAUUGCGCAUGCAUUUGACUGCUGAACGGCAUCAUGUGGCUCACAUUUGUAUGAGGUCAUGACUAUAUUUUCCUGUUGGUUUCAAUAUACUUCAAAGGUUAAUCAUCUUACCCAUGCCACCACAUAUAUAUCUUCACAGUAGACUUUUCUUUGAUCAAAAACAGUAGUGCUCACAAUGUUUGACUUUUAAGUUUGUUUAAUCCUGGCGUCUUGCAGCAGAAAAGUUGAGUACAUUUCAUACAGUACAAUUCACUCUAAGUGCUUAGAGUGAAUGAUACGGGAUAACAAUGUUAUAGUGAGCCAUUAGUAGACCGUACAAUAGUUGGAUCCAGACACCGCUCAUUCUAUUUGAUAGGGUUUUGUGAAGUAUGUGGUGGCUCAAACUAUGCCUUAUCAACCAGAGGUCUUUUGUACAUUCAGUGUUAUAAGCUACAUUAGCUAAUUAGCGAGCUGGUGUAGCCCGAAGGGUUAACUGAAGGAUGGAGGAUUAAUGAACAAAUGUACUCCGCAUACUACAUCAGUCUAAUUGUGUACGCUGAAAGAACUGCAGCUCCAUCCACCUAAAGUUGUGUUUUAAGGCUGACAAAGGUAAUUCAAGACAAUAAAGGUUUUCACUACAGCCAAACAAUACAGCAGGUGGAUUUAAAACCUGCUGACUUUGCACUUUUUGUAACAGGACUCUUCCUGCUUCUUCAUCUUGCGUAUUGUUUUCGAUUCAUGGGGUGGAUGAUGUCCAUUCGAAGGUUAUAACUACUCGCGUGUAAUGGAAAAGCUUGAUCGUAGCUCACCUGACACAAUAUCGCUAAAUUGCCGACUUAUACUUGAAAAAUGUUUUAACUGCGGUUGUUGCAUCUGGGUCUGUCCUGGGUAACCCGUCGCAGCCUCCUCAUCAGACUGGUGUUAUGGCAGAUCAGAUAGGGGUGUGCAGCAGUGUUGAGCUGGCAAACAUGGCGGUUCAUUAGCAAACUUAAUUACAGUUUGUGACUGUUGAUGGGGGCAUUGAUUUUUAGCAGUUUCCGAAUCAAUUUGACAAGUCACGGAGAUGUAACACUAGUUAGUAACAAAAAACAAUCACGAGCAAACAUUUGACAAAAUGUAUUGUAGAAUUAAAAGAGCACUUGAGCGGUGACAAUCAUUUACCAGCUUGGUAAAGAUUGUCUUACGUUAUUGUCUUCAUAUUUAAUGGCGCGCCAUUAAAUAUGAACCAGAAAGUUAUGCUAAAUUUAUUCCCUUUGGCAUUCAACCAUAUUAUUUAUGAUGUGGUCAAAAUGAUUUGUGCUAGCUGGUGGUCAAAAAACGUAGAAUUGUUUUCAAAUGCACCUGCAGUCUGAUAUGGAAGCUAUUGCUUGAGGUUGCGUAAAGCUGACAGUUGUUGUGAAGAUGUGGGCAACUACAUGGACUAGGUGUCGUAGACGCUCUGUCUGCUGUGUUGGAGUGUCGGGUUCUCACUUCAGACUUGGAAGUAAGUACAAAGUACGCUCGCCUUGUCUAGAAUCCGUGACUUCAGCUGCCUGCACAUGGGUAAAUAUUGCAAUAAAUCUUUAGUAUGGUUUCAGUCUUAAAUGUAUUUUUUUGAAGCCAUGAAUAUAAAAAAUUGUGCAAAAUGGAAAAAUGUGAUGGUUUAUACAGUAUUUUACUGAAAUAGCACAGCUCCAGUUUUGUAGAAAUCCCACAGACAGCAGUACUUUUCCUUUGUGUACACCCCUAGAAGGGUGGGGCCAACGUAGCUACUUUCUAAUGGUCUGAUCGAUAAGAGUCAGACUUCACAAAGAACUCCAACAAGUACCUCCUUCACUUCACUUUUACUUUGGAAACUCUUUUUGACUUGUAUCAUCUGUGGACGCUUUCCUUUUCUUUCUUUUUCUUUUGUCUCUGUGUCCGUUUAGGAGAUGCUGACAGCGAAUCAGUCUUUUGGACCACAGUGUUGGGCUUGUAGUCAUUCAAAUAUUGUGAUAAUUCACUCCGUGCCGUGUUUUGCUUGCCAGCUGUCACUAAACACAGAACAGAAUUAGAAAAGAGGCCGCUCAGCAUUUGUCUGUAUCAUCCUCUGAUUUGUGGAGUCAUCGCUUUGUUAAAAUGUCUGUACCGAACUGCUCUCGUAUCUUUUUUUUUUUUAUAACCGUGUCCAUGCACCAGUCUGUGCCUAUUCAAAGGAUUAUUGGCAACAACAUAUCGGGGCUUUUUAAGCAUUAAUGUGUGAACUCUGAGCAAAUGAGCCGCGUGUGUGUCGUGGUGCUUGAUGACGAGGAUUCUGAAGUCUCUCUCUGGUCUAAGGUGUCCGAGAUCCAGUUGAUUUUGACACGGCCUCUCUCUCUUUUACAGCCUGCUCUGCUGAAAGCUAUAUUCAAUGUGGAUCCAGAUGAAGUACGCUCACUCAUAUUCAAAAAAGAGGAUGUGAAUGCACAGGACAAUGAGAAGCGGACUCCGCUGCAUGCUGCUGCUUAUCUUGGUGACGCAGAAAUUAUAGAGCUGCUGAUUCUUUCAGGUGCCAGAGUAAAUGCCAAAGAUAACAAGUGGCUCACUCCUCUGCACCGGGCCGUGGCCUCCUGCAGUGAGGAGGCCGUCCAGGUGUUGCUGAAACACUCUGCGGACGUAAACGCCCGAGACAAGAACUGGCAGACGCCGCUACACAUCGCCGCAGCAAAUAAAGCUGUCCGCUGCGCCGAGGCCCUCGUCCCGCUGCUCAGCAAUGUGAACGUGUCGGACAGAGCCGGCCGGACUGCGCUGCACCAUGCGGCCUUCAGCGGUCACCUGGAGAUGGUGAGGCUCCUGCUCUCCAGAGGAGCAAACAUCAAUGCCUUUGACAAGAGGGACCGCCGCGCAAUCCACUGGGCAGCCUACAUGGGACACAUAGAGGUGGUGAAGCUGCUGGCAUCUCAUGGAGCUGAGGUGGCCUGCAAAGAUAAGAAAUCUUACACCCCCCUACAUGCAGCCGCCUCCAGUGGAAUGAUCAGUGUUGUCAAAUACCUCCUGGACUUGGGGGCGGAUAUCAAUGAGACCAACGCGUAUGGCAACACCCCCCUCCACGUGGCGUGCUACAACGGGCAGGACGUGGUGGUGAACGAGCUCAUCGAGAGUGGCGCCAACGUAAACCAGGUGAACGAGAAGGGCUUCGCACCGCUCCAUUUCACCGCCGCUUCACGCCACGGGGCGCUCUGUCUGGAGCUGCUCGUGUGCAACGGGGCCGAUGUCAACAUCAAGAGUAAAGAUGGUAAGACUCCCCUCCACAUGACAGCCAUCCACGGGAGGUUUUCUAGGUCUCAAGCAAUCAUUGAGAAUGGUGCUGAGAUCGACUGUGAAGAUAAGAACGGAAAUACUCCGCUGCACAUUGCGGCUCGAUACGGACACGAGCUCCUCAUCAACACCCUCAUCACCAACAGAGCUGACACGGCUAAGCGAGGGGUUCAUGGUAUGUUCCCACUUCAUUUGGCUGCUCUCAGUGGAUUCUCUGACUCCUGCCGAAAGCUCCUGUCUUCAGGAUUUGAUAUUGAUACGCCUGAUGACUUUGGAAGGACCUGUUUACAUGCUGCAGCUGCUGGAGGAAACCUGGAAUGUCUCAAUCUUCUCCUCAACACGGGGGCAGACUUUAAUAGAAAGGACAGCUUCGGCAGGACCCCUCUGCACUAUGCUGCUGCCAACUGUAACUACCAGUGCCUGUUUGCUCUGGUGGGCUCCGGGGCCAGCGUCAAUGACCUAGACGAGCGGGGCUGCACUCCUCUCCACUACGCCGCUGCCGCUGACACAGAUGGAAAGUGCCUGGAAUAUUUACUGCGAAAUGAUGCAAAUCCAGGGAUCCGAGACAAUCAGGGCUACAAUGCUGUGCACUACGCCUCGGCGUAUGGACAUCGCCUCUGUCUGGAGCUGAUUGCAAGUGAAACACCUCUAGAUGUGCUAAUGGAAACCUCAGGGACAGACAUCCUGAAUGACUCCGAUGUCAGAGCGCCCGUUAGCCCCCUGCACCUCGCUGCAUACCACGGUCACCACCACGCUAUGGAGGUUCUGGUGCAGUCUCUGCUGGAUCUGGAUGUGAGAAACAGCCAAGGGCGCACGCCUCUCGACCUGGCGGCCUUUAAGGGCCACGUAGAGUGUGUGGACGUCCUAAUCAACCAGGGAGCCUCCAUCCUGGUCAAAGACUUCACUUUGAAGCGAACCCCCAUCCAUGCUGCAGCAACUAAUGGUCAUUCAGAAUGUUUGCGUUUGCUGAUUGGUAAUGCUGACCUUAAAAGUGCAGUAGACAUUCAAGAUGGGAAUGGACAAACCCCCUUGAUGCUGUCGGUCCUGAGUGGACACACAGAUUGUGUGUAUUCUCUGCUGAAUAAAGGAGCCAAUGUAGAAGCCAAAGAUAAGUGGGGCAGGACAGCCCUUCAUAGAGGAGCGGUGACCGGUCACGAGGAAUGUGUGGAGGCCUUGCUUCAGCACAGCGCCAACUUCCUGGUGCGAGACUGUAAAGGGCGCACACCAGUCCACCUGUCAGCAGCAUGUGGACACAUUGGGGUACUGGGAGGCCUGCUGCAUGCUGCCCAAUCAGUGGAAACACUCCCCGUCUUAACAGACAACCAAGGCUACACCCCACUGCACUGGGCCUGCUACAAUGGUCACGACACGUGUGUGGAGGUUUUGCUGGAACAAGAGGUUUUUCACAAGGCCGAAGGCAGUGCUUUCAGCCCCCUCCACUGUGCUGUAAUCCAUGACAACGAAGGUGCUGCUGAGAUGCUGAUAGACACUCUGGGCCCGGCCAUCGUCAAUGCCAAAGACAGUAAAAGCAGGACUCCACUACAUGCAGCAGCCUUCACUGACCAUGUGGAGUGUCUCCAGCUGCUGCUGAGCCACAACGCUCAGGUCAACAGUGUUGAUGCUGCAGGGAAAACCCCGCUCAUGAUGGCCGCUGAAAAUGGCCAGACCAACGCUGUCGAACUACUGGUGAGCAGUGCAAAAGCAGAUCUCACUCUGCAGGAUGCUGUGAAGAACACUGCACUUCAUCUCGCCUGCAGUAAGGGACAUGAAACCAGUGCCUUGUUGAUAUUGGAGAAGAUUACAGACAGAAACCUCAUAAAUGCCACUAACGCCGCCUUACAGACGCCUCUACACGUGGCUGCAAGAAAUGGUUUAACAGUGGUGGUGCAGGAGCUGCUUGCAAAGGGAGCCAGCGUACUUGCAGUCGAUGAAAACGGUUACACACCCGCCUUGGCUUGUGCCCCCAACAAAGAUGUGGCAGACUGCCUAGCCCUAAUCCUGGCCACCAUGAUGCCUGUGUCCCCCUGCGCCCCGGCACCCACCCUCCCUUUCAGUGCCAUUAACCACUACACCACCAGCCCCUCCAAGAGCGUCACCUUCGACAGCCUGCCCGUGCUGCGCGGCGAGCACAGCUCCUACUGCAGCUUCAACAACAUCAGCCAUCAAGACGGGCUCUACAAGGACGAAGAGCUGAAUGACUCGGACUCGGAGACGUACUGAGGGGACAGGAGGGAGCGAUAAAAUGCAUAAACACACACACACUGUGUCUUAAAAAUCACCCACCGCCAGCUUGGGAGGGCAGAAGAAGCAAGAGAAGCGCCCACAGGAGCCUUAAGAGUCCCCCCCCCCCACACACACACACACACACACAGGAGAGAGGGAGGAGGUGCAGCAUGUUGGCCCACACUCAUCCCGACCUCAUCCAGCACCAGGUGUCCUUCAGCUGAUACUGGACCUCAGUAACCGCUGCUUUACCAACCUUGACUUCUAGAGUGCUAAAAACUGCGCUUGUUGGGCAGACAGCGACUUUUGUACGGCAAUAACAUGCUGAAGAGGGAUGGUAGCACUUCAGAGAGCUAAACCGACGGGGACCAAAAGGCAUGGAUGCAUUUUAACCCAGUUUUAACUGUGUACAUGAGAUUGAGAAUUUGGGGGUUUAUUGGUUAGCAGGUGGGAAGGGGGGUUCAUUUUGGGGAUUUCUUGAUGAGUUAGAGAAGGUUGAUGUCCGCACACUACAUCCGUCAGAAUGCACUUGUCCUUCGAGUCUGUAAGUCAUACAGCCGGAAAAUCAUUUAUUUUUUGAGAUCAAACAUUUUUAAUACACCCAUGUUCAUGUCUUAAACUCGUUAUCCCUCAGUAAGAAAUCUGAUUUAGCGACCUGAAUAAUUUAAAAACAUUUGAUAUGUGCGGCAGGUUAUUUUUAAGUUGAUCAACCUUACCUUUGUAUAUUGACCUGUCCAUUGCGGUUUAGUCUUUGAAGAAUAAAUUAUUUGUGUAAUUUCGCUUCCUAUUUAUGUGUUCAUUUUGUGCCUUCAUUAGUUACUGAGAAAAGAUGAGUUUGUUGAGGCAGCUGUGAAAGUACAGUGAUGCGCACUAGGUAAGUAAUGGAACAUUUCUAAGAAGCACUGAUCCUGUACUGACGCUCAGCUUUGUGAGAAGAAACACUGUAAACCAAUGAUAGGAUAGCGUUUGAUUUUGUUUGAUAUUUUUUGCUCUUAUAGUCAAUGUUUGUUGACAGGUUUUGCUUGCUUUAACUUAAAAAAAAAAGAAACCACUCGAUCCUACCAUGAUUCAAAUCUUCCCUUUUGUCUGUUGAAAUAUCCUUUUAACUGGAAAUAUGUACAAUACAUUUGCUAGCUUCUUUAGAAUGGAAAAGAUGUUUUUUUCUUUUCCUUGAAGAGGGAUGAAACUAGCAUGUAUAUAGAAAUUAUUACUGUGAAUUCAACGCUCCAAUGAAUUCUUUCAGUACUGAGAUUGCUGUAUAUUUUAUGAGUAAUAAAGAAAUGAGUUAUUUAA